AUGCCCCCGCCCGUGGUCGCCGCGUCCCGGCGAGGCUGCGCCCGGCGACCUCCGCCUCCGCACGUGCUCCGACGCGACCGGCGCCGCCCCGCUCGUGCCCGUGGGUGGUCGGCCGUGCCCCGCCCGCCCCGCCCCGCGCUUGUGCAAGCUCCGCGGCCGACGCGGCCGGCGCCGCCCCCACCCCUCGCCCGUGCACGCCCGUGCUCGCCCCCGCCCGUGGCCGACGCGGCCGGCGCCGCCCGCCUCGCCCGUGCUCGCCCCCGCCCAUGCACGCCUAUGCCCGCCCAUGCACGCCUAUGCCCGCCCAUGCACGCCGUGCCCGCCCCCGCCCGUGGCCGACGUGGCCGACCGCAUGGAGGCGCGGCCCCCGUUCCUCGCCGCACGCGCCCCAUCCGCCGCGGGAGAGGGCAGAGCGAGGCGGCGUCGUGGCGCGGCGCGGCCGGCGGCGGCACGAGGUGUCUGCAGCCGACCACGGCGAGCUCCGUCCCCAAGCUCCGUCUCUGCGAGCUCCGCCCCGGCUUCGUCUUGCUCGGCGGCGUCGAGGCCGGCGGCGCUCGUUUCUGCUCCGGCGACUUCCAGCAGGGCUGA